AAUGUAACUUGUGUUGAUAAGUGUUACACGAGCAAUGAGUAUCACUAACAGUGACAAAAAGGAUAAAAUCGAGCUAUCCAGCAAUAAACCGAGGAAGAUAUUCUGCGGAAUGGUCUCCAACAUGAUCAAGCAUGUGUUCCUUAUAUUCCGGACGUACCUGGACCUGUUCAUUGACCUGGUCUAUGGUUACUUCUGGGAGAGGAAGCGGCAACCCAUACCGGCCUUGGAGAAGAGACAUGCAAUGCUUGCGGAGAGCGCUGUGGCCCUGGCUGCGAAGAUCAGGAAUAAAGAGCUGAAGUCUGAGGAUCUGGUGAGGGCGUGCAUUGAGAGGAUUCAACAGUCCUUUCCAUUAUCGUACCACAAGACAAUUGCGAAGCGUCACCGAUUCAUGGCAGAUGUCUUACCCACACGCACGAAGCGUUUCGCAUCAAGCUUCCUUGUUGUAAGGAGUGGAAAUCUUUGCCAGAGUCUGUAUUUCCUGAAGGUAAAUCCCAUAAUAAACGCGGUGACGGACGAGAGAUACGAGGAUGCCCUGAAAGAAGCGCGCGAAGUAGACAAGCUGAUUGAAAGCGGACUACCUGAUGACUACUACCAGAAGAAACCGUUUUUAGGCAUUCCAUUCACGGCUAAGGAGAGCCAUGCAGUACAAGGCAUGUUGCACACUCUGGGCGUCGUGGCGCGGCGCCAUGUGCGCGCGCACGAGGACGCGGAGUGCGUGCGGCUGGUCAAGGAAGCCGGCGCCAUACUUGUGGCAGUUACUAAUGUACCUGAGAUUAAUAAGUGGAUGGAGAGCCGUAACUUCGUGUUUGGUCAGACAAACAACCCCCACCACACGGGGCGCACCCCCGGGGGCUCCAGCGGGGGCGAGGCCGCGCUACAUGCCUGUAUUACUGCGCCCAUCUCUCUGUGUUCGGAUAUCGGUGGGUCUACUCGUAUGCCUGCGUUCUUCUGCGGCCUGUACGCUCUAAACCCGACCUCUGGAUACACCAGCCUUAAAGGUUCAGCUCUCCGCACGGGUAAAGAGAAGUCGAUGGCUUCCAUUGGCUUCAUCAGCAGACAUUGUUCCGACCUCAUACCACUCACCAAGUUAGUAGUCAUCGCUGAUAAGGCCAAGGAAUUGAACCUGGACCGACCUGUUGAUGUUAAGAAACUCAGAUACUUCUAUGUGGAGACGGCUCAAGAUUUGCGCGUGAGUCCCAUCUCUGCUGAUCUACGCGCUGCUAUGAACAGUUCCACAAACCAUAAAGACCGCAGAGGACAGGGGCGUUUGGAGGAGGGUUGUGCAUCAAGUGAAGCGUGCACCAGACUAGACACGACCUUCAGUAAUGAAGAGAACGACUAG